AUGGCGCUGUUCUUGAAGGUGAAGAGGGGGAAGAAGAGCAUCUUCCUGGAGCCAAACGAGGGUGACAAGGUGCAGAAGGCCAUUGAUGUGAUUGCAAGCGUGUUUGAGAAGGAUUCCGACGACGUGGCGCUCGUGUAUCAAGGCAAACAGCUUAACCCCGACAAAACGUUCAAGGACCAGGCCGUGACGCACGCAAACUCGCAAAUUGUGGAGCCCCUUCGUCUUCAGUACAUCUUCCGUGAGGGCGGCCAGUGGCAGGAACCAGAGCCGGAGGAGGAGCCAGUGGAAGAGACAUCGCAGGAGAACAGCACAGAUCCGUCGCACGCAUCAACCGCGCCGCAUUUCCCUGCAGAGCUUGUCAAGCCACCCAACAUGUAG